AAUUUUCAUAACACUGUGCAACGUGAUUUUAAAUUUCCAAGUAAAAAAAUAAGUAAAAAAAAUUUUUCGUGUAAUUUUAUUUUAUCAGAAAAAUCUAGAGUGUUUGCAAGUGAAAUUUCUACAAAUAAAUAAAAUAAAAUGGAGGACGAUACGGAAACCGAAAAACCUUUUGCGGUUGAAAAAGCGAAAACAGGACGAGCCAAGUGCAAGAAAUGCAAGUGCCCGAUCGACAAAGACACUGUCAGAAUUGCUAAGCUGAUGUCAAACCCUUUUGGGGAGGGAAAAAUGAAGGCCUGGCAUCAUGUCAAUUGUCUUUUUGAGGUUUUCGCGAAGCAACGGGCUGCUACUAAGAGGAUUGACGAUCCCGAGGAGGACAUCGAUGGCUGGGAUCGGCUUGAAGACGACGAAAGGAAAAUAAUUAUUGACCAAUUGCAAGAAUUUGAUAAUAACACGCCAUUUAAGAAGAAACGGUCAUCUAGUCCUGCCAAAAAUGAACCACCGCGAAAAGUUAAAAAACAAUCGACUCCCCCACAGCAGCAUUCGAAAAAAACUACUGAAGAUCCUGAAAAAAAUUCCGAUGAUUCUGACAGCAAAAAAAAAGUUAAAACAGAAAACCGCGAUGAUGCAUUCCGCGAGUUUCGGCGUGUGUGCGCAAAUAUCGCAAAUGCAAGUGCUUACACUGAAAAAACGGGUAUCAUCAAAAAAAUGUUGACCGGCGGCACGAGUGGCGAUGAUUUCAAAGGUGACGUCGUACUGUGGUGCAAAAUGCUUCUGCCGAUGGCUAAUAAAAAAAUCUACAAUCUUCAAAGCAAACAGUUGAUAAAACUCUUCGCGAGAAUUUUUCGUCAAGACGAACAAGACAUGCUGGAAGAUUUGGAAAAGGGGGACGUUGCGGAGACGAUACAUGACUUUUUUGAAAAAACUGAUGACUUUAAAGCUCACGCUAAAAGCCGUAUCAGUUUGCAAGAGGUCGACGAGUUUCUGGGCAACCUCUCGCAACUCACCAAAGAAGAUGAGCAAAUAUCCCACUUUAGAUCCAUCAUACCAAAAUGCACUUCCAACGACCUGAAAAUGAUAAUACGACUUAUCAAACGCGACUUGCGAAUCAACUGUGGGCCUAAACACGUUUUGGAAGCUAUUGAUCCGGAAGCUUACAAAGCAUAUCAAGUUUCCAAUGACUUGGAAGCUGUCGUAAAACGAUUUACGGACAAAACAUCAAAAAAAAAUAUGAAAGGGAGCCCAGUAAAAAGCAAAGUUUCAUUGUCAUUGAUGACACCUGUUUUACCAAUGCUAGCAGAAGCUUGUACGUCUGUAGAAAUGGCGAUGAAAAAAUGCCCGAACGGGAUGCUGUCCGAAAUAAAGUACGACGGAGAAAGAGUUCAAGUCCACAAACAGGGAAGUGAAUUCCGUUAUUUCAGCAGAUCACUAAAACCAGUUUUACCUCACAAGGUCAAUCACUUCAAAGAGUACAUACCCAAGGCCUUUCCGGACGGCGAUGACUUAAUUUUGGACUGCGAAAUACUGAUGAUCGACACAAAAACCGGCCAGCCGUUGCCUUUCGGGACACUGGGAGUUCAUAAGAAAGCUGAAUUUAAAGAUGCAAAUGUCUGCAUAUUUAUCUUCGACUGCAUUUAUUACAACGGCGAUGUGCUGAUGAAUAAGACAAUGAAGGAGAGACGGAAAAUUUUGACGAUGAGAAUGACAACGAUACCUAAUCGAGUUAUGCUGUCAGAAGUUCAACAAGUUCAUGAUCCUAAAGAUUUGGCGGAAAUGAUCGCGAAGGUUCUGAAAAUGGGAUUAGAGGGGCUGGUUCUCAAGGAUAUUAAUAGCUUGUACGAGCCCGGGAAACGGCAUUGGCUGAAGAUAAAAAAGGAUUAUCUGUUUGGUGGAGCGAUGGCCGAUAGCGCAGAUCUCGUCGUUCUUGGUGCCUGGUACGGGACAGGGAAUAAGGGUGGAAUGAUGUCCGUCUUUCUCAUGGGUUGCUACGACGAGGAUCGCGAUAUGUGGGUGACAGUAACCAAAGUCCACACGGGACAUGACGAUGAUACUUUGGCCAAACUGCAGGACCAGUUGGACAUGAUUAAAAUAUCAAAGGAUCAAAAUUUGGUCCCUUGUUGGUUACUUGCCAACAAGCCGAUGAUUCCUGACUUUGUAGCUAAAGACCCAAAAAAACAGCCGGUCUGGGAAAUAACUGGCGCUGAGUUUACGAAUCAAGGAGUUCAUACUGCUGACGGUAUCAGCAUCAGAUUUCCACGAGUUACCAGAAUUCGCGAUGACAAAGAUUGGAAAACUGCGACGUCAUUGAAAGAACUGAAGAGACUUUUUGAAAAAAGCGCGGACUCGAUUGACUUUUCUCUGCUGCUGGGCAAACCUUCGACCAGCGGAAGCGGGGAUGGCGAUGGAGAUGAGGAGGAAGAAGAGAGAGAAGAAGGAGCGAGUGAUAAUAAGAAAAUUGAUGAAGAUAAUGCUGCAAUAAAAGAAGACGACUCGACAAAUAACAAUGAUGAUGAUAACGAUAAUGAUGAUGAAGAAAAAAACUGCAGGGAUAUAAAAUUGAAAGCAAGUGCCAAAGACCAAAAACAAGCCAAUAAAAGUAAGAGGCAACGGGCGGUUACUAAGGAGAAAAAAGAAAAUAAUUAUAAAGAAUCUGAUAAUGAUACGAGUGAAUGCAGCUCAACUGGAAGCUCUUCAAAGACCCGGAUGAAAGACUCUGGACAUAAAAAAAAAUCGCCUGAGGAGACUACGGAACAAUUGUCCGACCAGCGUCACUCUCCAAAAUCUAAUGGAAUUCUAAAAGAUACUUAUGUUGUUCUAAGCAGCGAUCUAAGCAUCGAACGACAGCAAGUUUUAUCACGAAACUUGAUCACUCUAGGUGCAACAGUUAGAAAGGAAAGUGCUUUCGAUGCUGAACGAGUAACUCACAUUAUUCACGGGAAAAACGAAAUAUCCGAAGAAGAAUUACGUAGGUUCAAAACAGCAUCUGCACGUCACGUCAACGAAUCCUGGGUAGAGUCAACCGUCAGAACAUCACAGAGACAAGGGGAAAUAAAACACGCUGUUAAUCUGCGCGGAAACUAUUGUCAGUGUAAAUGCCCGCAUCGUAAAUAAGAUUUCAUUUAAAAGUUUUCUACUAAAUUUUUUUUCAUAAAUUAGUUAUUAAUUAACUAAUAUAUGAUAAGUAACUUUAUACAUUAAUAAAACUGGCCAUCAAUUAUUUAACUUUUAUCUACGCGUGACUUUACCAACUUUGUAUUAUCGCUAUUGAUUUUUUAUACUUAUAUAUAUAUUUUUAUGAAUUAUUUAUUGUAAUUGGAAUUAUUAUUGCAAAAUCAUGUUCUACAAUUAGUAUCAUAUAGUAGAUAUAUUUAUAUAUAUGGAUCUAUAAAAGAAAAUUGCUGUUUAAUCUAAUAAAAAUAUGUGUCAAUGUACUCUGUGUUUUUUUUUAUCAAGAUGACAACGAAAAAAAAGCUGCCGGUACCCGUAGACUCGCGAUAAUUCAAUCAUUUUUUCUGAUACAGCAGAUAAUAGAUCGCACGGUAUUUUUUUUUAAUUAAAAAAAGUUACGCAAAAAAUUAGCGAGUGAAUUAUUUCGGAUAUGAAUGGAAGCUGUGUUACUUAAUCCUAAUUUCCAGACUCGUCUCUCGAUCUUGUAACAUUUAUAUCUGUUUUAUUUUAAAAUUAACGUUACAUAAUUACAGACUUAAAAUAUUUAGUUACACAAU